AUGGACAAGAUAAGGGAAACGGUCAUCUCCAAGUUCCAAUCGGUUAGAAAACCUUCCAAAACAAUCAAUGUUGAGGUGCAAAUCGAGGAAAAGGGGAGCUAUCCACCAUGGGCUAGAAAGGGCGGCAACGCAGUUAUGUUUGUCUGGGACAAAUGCUUGUGGGGCCCCUUUCGCAAAGCAUGGCGAUUUUUGGAGCGAUGGACCAACCUCACCUUUUGGAUCUUUACUGGCAUCAUUGUUGGCAUUUUGGUGGGGUACUUUGAACCUGAAUUCUCUCAAGAGAUCGAGCCUCUUGGUACAGCUUUUAUUCGCAUGAUCAAGAUCAUCGUCGCUCCAUUGAUUUUCUCCACUCUUGUGCUUGGUAUUGCUGGCCAUUCGGAUGAUAUUUCCACUGUUGGCAAACUUGCCAUCAAGACCAUUGUUUAUUUUGAAGUCGUGACGACCUUUGCACUUGCAGUCGGGUUGAUUAUGGCCAAUUUGGUAAAACCUGGUGUCGGGGUGGUGUUGCCAGGAGACACCGAUAACUCGGAUGCAUCAGACCUUGCGGGCAAGAGUGGGGAGAUCACCUGGUACGGUGAAAUGUUUAUGAUUAUCCCUGAGAACUUUUUCGUUGCUGCAUCAGAAGAUCAAAUUCUUGGUAUCGUAUUUUGUGCUGCCAUGUUUGCAUGUGCUGCCAUCAAAGCCGACAAGAAAUCGCGCGAUGUCAUGCUCAUGAUUUGUGAAUCGCUCUCACAGGUGAUCUUUAAAAUGGUUGGUCUCAUUAUGAACUAUGCUCCUAUUGGUAUUGGGGCUUCUUUGGCAGCCACCGUUGGUGCUAACGGUAUUGGUGUCCUUGGCAACUUGGGAAAGUUGAUUGGUGCUUUGUAUGCCUCACUCGUCAUUUUCGUGGUCUUCAUCUUGUUGCCGGUCAUGUUGAUUUGUCGCAUUCCUAUCUUUGGUUUUCUGCGUGCGGUAGCUCAACCAUGGUUGAUUGCUUUCAGUACCUCUUCCAGUGAAUCGGCUCUUCCCAAGGCCAUGGAAAGGAUGCGUGAGUUUGGAUGUCCCAAUUCACUCGUAUCCUUUGUUAUUCCCACGGGCUAUUCGUUCAACCUUGAUGGUACCACGCUCCAUCUUGCACUUGCUAGCAUCUUUUGUGCCCAAGCAGGUGGAAUGAGCCUACCCAUUGGCACACAACUUUCCAUUCUUGGUACAUUGAUGUUGUCAUCAAAAGGUGUGGCUGCUGUACCCCGAGCAUCACUCAUUGUUUUGGCAGGCACCGUAUCCCAGUAUGGUCUUCCAAUUUCAGCUGUCACCGUUAUUAUGGGUGUUGAUGCUAUCAUGGAUAUGGGUAGAACCUCAAUCAAUGUCACUGGAAACUGCUUAGCUUGCUGUGUCAUGGCUCGUACAGAGGGAUCAUUCCGAGGCCAACAGUGGAAAAUGGAAGAGGAGGAACGACGAAGAAGAGCGUUGCAGGAACAACAGCCUAAUACAGUCCUUCCCACAACCACUGAAUACGAGCCAAAAGACAUUCCCGAACAUGAUCAACAGCAAGUGGAUGAGCAAGUCGAGAUCAUGGUUCACAAAGGAUCUAGUUCCACCAAGAGCUUUGAUAUGAUCAGCCCAUCUGGCAGCCACAAGGACGAUAACAAGGAAGGACGAUAA